AAUUUCAAAUGAUGGGUAGUAAGAAACAUGAAUUUCAAGCAAUAAGUAACAAAGAACAAAAAUUACAAAUGAUAAGUAGUGAAGAACAAGAAUUUCAAAUAAUUGGUGAUGAGAAACAAGAAUUUCAAGUAAUAAAUAAUGAGGAACAAGAGUUACAAAUAAUGGAUAGUGAAGAACAAGAAUUUCAAGUAAUGGGUAAUAAGGAACAAGAAGAAUGA